AUGACGACGAACCCUUUGUCUUGGGACACCUCCAUACCAUCCUCGUCAAGGUGUGGAACGGAGGAGAUAUUCCGCGAGUGGAAGGAUGCAACCAUCAAGGUGCUGUACAAGAAGGGUGACCGGUCCAACUGUAACAGCUAUAGGGGGAUUUCGCUAUUAUCUCCCGUGGGCAAGGUCCCCAUCAAGAUCAUCACCAACCGUCUAAGCGCCUUCUGCGAAGCCAACAACAUCCUCCCGGAGGAACAGUGCGGAUUUCGACUCCGGCGAUCCACCGUCGACAUGCUGUCCGUCGUGCGCCGCCUCCAGGAGCUGGGGCGGAGAAAGAAAAUACCGCUCUACAUGUGUGAAAGGUAA